AUGUCAUCGGGGAGUGUUCCUGGCUCUUCUGGAGAGAACAUGAUUUACUAUCUCCUUGCUGGUGUUGCUGCUUUUGGUGGUUUAUUCUAUGCCUACAGAGAAGUCAGUUCAUCCCGUAGCAAGUAUAUUGAACAUAUGAAUAUUCUUCAUGAGAGAGCUGAGGGGCGGAAAGGCAAACGGUCAAGCAGGGGUGAUGAGGAUGAGACAGCUGAAGUUGCUGAAGUCAGUGAAGCAGAGACAGCCACAGAGGAGGCAGAUGCAGCAGCUGCUGCUGGACCCACAGCACAGGAGGAGAGUGCUGGGAUAUCCCCAGAAACUGGAGCGGAGAGUGACUUACCGGCUCCAGAGGCAUCCCCUGCUGUAGAGGAAGCCCAGCAGGAAGCUGCUGCGGAUGGUUCGGAAGCUGCUGCGGAUGGUUCGGAAGCUGCUGCAGAUGGUUCGGAAGCUGCUGCGGAUGGUUCGGAAGCUGCUGCAGUGCAAGGUUAA